AUGGAGCUGUGUUUAUGGGUGAGGAGCCUCCAGACAAACACCAUGACGUCUAAAGGAGGCAUCGUCAGUGAAAAACUCCUGAGUGAUUAUCUUCACCAUGUUUUUCCCUCGACUUCGGGACCAGCUCUGGCUUCUCUCAGAAAACCACUUGGAUUUCAGGAUCUUGGCAGUCACCUGGAAAGACUGCUCUUUGACGGAGAACCCACAGACGACAGUAAAGAAGAGACUGUUGAAGGACGUCUUGGUCCGCAGCCUGUGGUCCUGGAUCAUACCAGUGGAUUUGAGGGGCUCUUGUUUGUUGAUGAUGACCUUUUAGGUGUCAUUGGCCACAGCAACUUCAGCUCUAUUCGGGCAACCACAUGUGUUUACAAAGGGAAAUGGGCGUAUGAAGUGCUAAUCUCCUCCCAAGGUCUCAUGCAGAUCGGGUGGUGCACACUCAACUGUCGCUUUAACCAGGAGGAGGGAGUGGGCGAUACUCCUGAUUCGUAUGCAUAUGAUGGAAACAGAGUACGGAAAUGGAACGUUACAACUACAAAUUAUGGAAAGUCCUGGGCUGCUGGAGACAUCGUCAGCUGUUUAAUAGACUUUGACGAAGGAACCAUAACUUUUUGCUUGAAUGGACAGUCUUUGGGAACAGCUUUUACUGAUAUUAAAAUGGGCCCAGGCGUUGCAUACUUUCCCGCCAUUAGUCUCUCCUUUAAAGAGUCGGUGGCCUUCAACUUUGGGAGCAGACCACUCCGUUACCCCGUGGAUGGAUAUUUACCGCUUCAGAAUCCACCAACGGCAGAUCUGUUGAAAGCACACAAACUUCUGAGCUACGUAAAAAACAUUCUGUCAACAGCUUUGGAUUUACAGGACGAGCGGUUGGUAGAAAGAGACAUUUCCUCGUGGAGACUUAAUGGAGAGCCUACCGUCCUCAUCACACUGGCUCACAUAUUCAAUCACUUUGCUCCUUUGAUGUGUAAAGUUUACUUGGUGGAGGACGUGCUGAUGAACUUCCUGCUGAGCAUCCUGGAGGGCGGCGGUUCCGUCGAUGAGCACCCACUUAUUCAGCAGCUGCUUGACCUCUUCUGGCUUCUCAUGGAGGACUAUGAAGUGAACGAGUGUUUGAAGCAGCUGAUGAUGUCACUACUGCGGGCCUAUCGCUUUUCCCCCAUUAUUCCUGAUCUUGGAUUCCAGAUCCAUUACUUGCGUCUGACCACUGCCAUCCUGCGUCACGAAAAAUCCAGAAAAUACCUGCUGAUCGUGUUUUUCUACAUCAAGACUCCGCUGAGAGUGAAGGAGGCGGGACUGGAGGAGCUCAUACCAACAACAUGGUGGCCAACCAACUUUGACAAAGAGGGAAAGGACGAGCGAGAACCCAAAGACGAGAGUGCAGACGAGCGGCUACGACGUCGAGCUUAUGAACGCGGCUGUCAGAGGCUCAAGAAGAGGAUUGAAGUGGUGGAGGAGCUGCAAGUUCAAAUACUGAAGCUGCUGUUAAAUAACAAAGACAAGACAACAGGAGAAGCGUCACGAUACAUCUUUUUAAACAAAUUCAGGAAGUUUCUUCAGGAGAAUGCCAGCAACAGAGGGCACCCGACCGCUCUGUGUCCUCCGGAGUACAUGGUUUGUUUCCUCCAUCGCCUCAUUACAGCGGUGAGAGCCUGCUGGGACGACAACAAGAGGAAAACUCCAGGAACCAUUCUCAGUGAAGAGGCCUAUGUCCCUCCCCAGCUCUUUUACAACGGAAAGGUGGACUACUUUGACUUGCAGAGACUUGGGGGACUCCUCUCUCAUCUGAAGAAGACUCUUAAAGACGACUUGGCGAGUAAAGCCAACGUCAUCAUCGAUCCAGCAGAGAUUCAGACGGCUUCCAUGGACGAUCUCGAUGAGGACGAGGAGAACGGAGCAGCUCAGAGACCGUUUGGUGCAGCAGCGAUGGGAGGAGCCCUGGCCCGUCCGAGCUGGUUAAGCUCUCCAACUCUGGGACGAGCAAACCGCUUCCUCAGCACCGCCGCCGUCAGCCUCAUGACACCGAGACGGCCGUUCACACAACCAGAGAAAGUGAAGGUCCGGACUCUCGCCGUGGAGCAGAGGACUGAGGAGGAUAUUGAAGGAAGCCAUGGCAACGAUGGCUUGUUGCUGGGGCGACCGAUGGAAGAACCUGAGCAGCCAAUAGGAGACAAGUCCCUGUUGGAGAUUGUUGAUGGAAUCGUGAUGAUGUACAACCUCAGUGUUCAUCAGCAACUUGGCAAGAUGGUGGUGGUCUCAGACGAUGUUCAUGAGUAUGCUGCAGCUCUGAAAGAUACAGAUGAGAAGAUCGCACGAUGUCCCGUCAGAAGACCAGAUAUUUUGGAGGAGCUCCAGAAAAGUGAGAAGGUGUUUGCAGAAAAGCUGAAUCAUCUCAGUAGAAGACUGGCCUGGAUCAAUGCCACAGUUUACUCAAAGGAUAAAAUGUUGGACAUAUACUGGCUGCUGUGUGUCUGCAUCCGGACCAUUGAACACGCCGACAACACCGGCUCGUUGUUUGCUUUUGCACCAGAGUUCUACCUCAAUGUGGCUAUGAACGCUUACAGUGCUCUGAAGAACUACUUCAGCCCGGCCAACAGCAUGGAUGAACUUCCAGGCUACGAAGAAUCCCUGACUCAACUCGCUGCUAUCCUUGCUAAGCACUUUGCAGAUCCACGUAUUGUUGGAACAGAUAUUAAAGACUCUCUGAUGCAAGCCUUGGCCAGCUAUGUCUGUUACCCACAAUCCCUCAGGGCGGUCGAAAGGAUUCCAGAGCAACAGCGAGUCGCCAUGAUGAGGAACCUGCUGGCUCCAUACGAACAAAGGCCUUGGGCUCAGACCAACUGGAUUCUGGUCCGACUGUGGCGGGGUUGUGGUUUUGGCUACAGAUACACUCGAUUGCCUCACCUUCUGAAAACCAAACCUGAAGACGCCAACCUCCCCAGUCUUCAGAAGCCGUGCCCGUCGCUCCUGCUGCAGAAACACAUGGCUGAACUGCUGAGUAUGGAUAAGGAAAUGGCAGCCUCCUUCCUCAACAGUGUCCUGAACCAACUCAACUGGGCAUUCUCAGAGUUCAUCGGCAUGAUCCAAGAGAUUCAGCAGGCUGCAGAGCGCCCAGAGAGAAACUUUGUGGAUACCCGUCAACUAAAGGUGUGUGCCACGUGCUUCGAUCUGUCUGUGAGUCUGCUGCGUGUGCUGGAGAUGACCGUCACACUGGUUCCAGAGAUCUUUUUGGACUGGUCUCGUCCCUCUGCAGAACUCCUCCUCAGACGUCUAGCGCAAUUGUUAAACCAGGUGCUGAACAGAGUCACGGCUGAGAAGAACCUAUUCGAUCGUGUUGUCAAUUUGAGACUCCCAGGUCUGGAAAGCGUUGACCAUUACCCCAUCCUCGUGGCUGUUACUGGCAUCUUGGUCCGAAUUCUAGUGGAUGGAGACCGGCAAGGGACAUCUCGAGCUUCCUCAGUUCUGCUGUCUGACCCCUGCUUCCAGCUCCACUCCAUCCAGCAUCUCUUGGGGGAGGGAGUGGAGUCAUCCUCAGCCACUGCCUCAGCCUCAGCCUCCGCAGUGGCCGCGGUGGUGCUCCCGGUCGUGGGCUCCUUGGGCACAUCUGUCUCCCCUCCUGUGGCUGCAGCAGCUGGCUCAGAACGAAAGCACUUUUCUCUUCAUGCUUACACAGACUACAUCAGUGAAGAAGAAAAACGGAAAGUCGAGCUGAUGUUGGCGUUCCUCACAGAAGAAUCAAAGCAAGCAGCCGCCAGUACUGCACCGACCAGUGAAGAAGACCUCUGCCCCAUCUGCUACGCUCACUCCAUCUCCGCCAUCUUCAAGCCAUGUUCCCACAAAUCCUGCAAAGCCUGCAUCAAUCAACACCUGAUGAACAACAAGGACUGCUUCUUCUGCAAAGCCACCAUCACGGGGGUCGAGGACUACUGCAAACCUCAAGGACCAUAA